AUGUCGUUCAAGGCCCACACAGCACUUCGCCGCCCCACGUCCGAGCCCCCCGCUGCCCACCGCCGCCGACGCGGCCCCCGCUGCCGCCCCGCGGGCCCCCGCGCGGCUCUACCCGCGGCCGCGCGCACGUCUGCCCCGCGGCCUCCUGACCCUAAGCCACGCCGCCCUGAGAUCCCACACCGCGGCACCGCAGCCCGCCGCCGCCCCGCGGGCCCCCACGGCCGCCCCGAGGCCCGCUGCCGCCCCCGAGCGUGGUCCCACUCCGCGGCACCAUGGCCCGCCGACGCCCCGCGGCCCGCCGACGCCCCACGGGCCCCCGCCGCCACCCCGAGGUCCCACGCCGCGGCCUCGAGGCCCGCCGCCGCCACGCGGACCCCCGCCGCCACCCCCGAGGUCCCACGCCGUGGCAUCGAGGCCCGCUGCCGCCCCCCAGGCCCCACGUAG